AUGGGAACUGUUCUUAGUGUUCGACUGAUUUAUGAUCGUGAAACUGGUCGUGCUAAAGGAUUCGGAUUUUGUGAUUUUGCCGAUGAAACAGCUGCAAAUGGUGCUAUAACUACACUAAAUGGAGCUGAUUUUUAUGGUCGUCCGUUACGUUUCGACGGUAUGAAAUCAAGGAAACGAUCUGCAAAACAGUCGUCUUCAAAGUCAAAGUUGUCUAACGAAGAAAACGAUUCAUCUAAAAAAAUUGAGACCUUUGAGAAAAGUAUACCCGAAAAGAAGUCCAAAAUGGAUCGCAUUAGUAUGAAAAUUAUCUCAUGGAAUAUUGCUGGGAUGAAAUCGUGGCUAAAGAAAAAAUGCUUGGACGAGUUAUGUCGUACCGACACUCCGGAUAUUAUUGCCUUGCAGGAAACGAGAAUUUCUGAAAUUCCUAAGGAAAUAGGAAAUGCGGGUUUUCAAGCUUAUCUAAAUGCGUCAAAGAAAAGUGGUUAUGCUGGAGUAAUGCUUUUAUGCAAAAAAGAACCUUUGAAUAUAUUCUAUGAAUUUCCAGCAGAGCAAAAAAUUCCGAGUCGUCUUGAGACUAAGGGUCGCUUAUUAAUCGCCGAAUUUAAUAAUUUUUUUUUCAUCAACACUUAUGUACCGAAUAGUGGCCGCGGUUUGGUCAAUUUAAGCAAACGAAAAGACUGGGAUGAUGUUUUUUUUGAAGAAAUAAAAAAAUUAGAUUCAAAAAAGCCUGUUAUAUACGCUGGUGAUCUGAAUGUUGCUCAUGAAGAAAUUGAUUUGGCUAAUCCAAAGGCGAAUAAGAAUAAAACGGCUGGUUUUACUGAUCAGGAGCGCAACGAUUUUACCCGAUUGCUCGAAGCUGGAUUUACCGAUGCUUUUCGACAUCUAAAUCCAAACAAAGAGGGUGCUUACACAUUCUGGUCGAAUAUGCAUAAUUCCAGAACCAACAAUGUUGGAUGGAGACUCGAUUAUUUUGUUAUAAGUAAUCGUAUGAUGAAUCAGAUAGAGCAAUGUGAGAUUUGCUCAGAUGUCAGAGGUAGCGAUCAUUGUCCAAUAUCACUUCGAAUCAGUGUUUGA